AUGGAACUCCCACCCGGCUUUCGCUACCUCCUACGCUUCAUACCCUCUUUCACAGGCCCCUCUGUCGCCGUCUACCUCACGCUGAAGGCGCUAAAGAGCUUCGGAAGCGUGAACUAUCCCCGAUGGGUCCUUCUUACUGCUACGAUCCUCGCACAACCCGUGCUCUUGCUCCUCCAGGCGCACUAUAGCAGUUUUACCCACAAGCGACGUGCAGCUGCUCAUGGAGCCGUCCGUCCGCCUGCCGUGAAGGACACGGCCCUGGAUAUCGUUAUGAUCAGCGCGAAGGCGCACAAAGUUGGAUAUCCGGCUGAAAUGUUGCAUGACUGGUCUGUGAAGUAUGGAAACAGCUUUCGGUUCAAUAUGUUUACGUCGAACUUCUUCGCAACCUUGGAACCUGAGCAUGUAAAGGCAAUCCUCGCGACUCAAUUUGAUUCAUUCGAGAAAGGCUCCAUGUUUCGUUCGCAAGCAGACUCCCUCCUCGGUUCUGGCGUUUUCAAUACCGACGGCGACAUGUGGAAAUUCCACCGGUCCAUGACCCGACCAUUUUUCACUAGAGAACGGAUCAGUGAUUUCGAAAUUUACGAGCGCAACUGCCAUCUCUCUUUGAAUCAGGCCAGAGACCGUUUAAGUGAAGGGCACCCUAUCGAAUUCCAGGAUCUAGUCUCUCGUUUCACUCUUGAUUCAGCCUCCGAGUUUCUAUUCGGCCAGAGCGUCGGAUCUCUCUCCGCUGGCAUCUCCUACCCUCCCACAGCAGAGCGCGAGAAUCCCGUUUCAUUCUAUAACCAUCCCUCCAGGAUCUUCGCUCAAGCAUUCACCGAUGCCCAGCUGCGCCUCGCUAUUCGUCUGGGAGUUGGAAACGAGUGGCUCUUGACUGAGUUCUUCGGCGACAAGAUCCACCCAUUGCGAAAGGUCAUGGAUGACUUCACGGAACCGCUCAUGAAGGCUGCCCUUAAGAAGAGAGAACGAGACCUGCAGGAAAAGGUGGACGAGAAGACCGAGGAACCAAAUUUGCUGGCUCAUCUUGUCAAGCAUACUCAAAACGAGAAGAUUUUAAAAGACGAGCUUGUCAAUCUCCUUGUUGCGGGGCGCGACACAACCAUGACGCUCCUGACUUCCUCCAUGUACAUGUUAACCCAACACCCGGAUAUCGAGCAUCGCCUUCGUCAAGAAGUAUUCGAGAAAGUUGGACUGACGGCAGCACCGACUUACGAGAGCAUGCGAGAGAUGAAAUAUAUUAGGGCAUUCCAUCCCUAUGUAUCUUCGUUACUUACCCCUUUUGCGCAGAGGUCCUCCGAUUAUACCCUCCUGUGCCGGCUGACUCGAGGUCCACUUUAUAUCCCUGCAGACACUUCCUGCAUUUACUCUGUCCUUUACAUGCAUCGUAGGACUGACCUCUGGGGUCCAGAUGCUCUGAGGUUUGACCCCGAUCGUUUCCUUGAUGAGCGCCUACACAAGUACCUUACGCCAAACCCCUUCAUCUUUUGUCCUUUCAACGCUGGUCCGAGGAUAUGUCUCGGUCAACAGUUUGCGUAUCACGAAGCUACUUUCUACCUUGUACGCCUUCUUCAGAACUUCAAGGAUUUCAAGCUCGAUGAGACAGCCAAUGUCAAACCGCCCACGGAAUGGAGGGAUAGGGACGAUCGGACAAGCGGGGAAAGGAUUCAUCUCACGGCACAUCUGACAUUGUAUGUGAAGGGCGGGCUUUGGGUUCACAUGAAAGAAUUGAACAGCUCAGAAGUUUAA